AUGGCAAAUUCCAAGACUCUCUGGACGAGUGCUGCUGCUACUUUAUCCCUUGUAAUUUUGGGAGGAGCUUCAUACUAUUUGUGGAAAGAAGAUCAACAAGUAAAGAAACGGAAUUUAGCAAAGACCCGAGAAAAAAAGGCUGCAAGCCUAUUACGUGAAAUCAACAACGACCAUAAAAUGCUUCAUGCAGAGAUUGAUGAGCACUACAAGCUCAUGAAACUGGCAGGAACCAGUGUCCCUGAAAAAGAAUGGAAAACUAUAGAGUUCAAGCUGUCCAUGUCAAACGAGAUGCUUCUGAGAUUGAUGGAGAGACUUGACGCAAUUCGUCCUUUGGCCGAUAUUAUGGACGAAGAUGACCGCGAGCCGACAAAAUAUGAAAAGGAGAUUAUCGCUGAAAUCAAACAAAAGAAGAGACGGAUCAUAUCAAAAAUAGAGAGAGAUUUCAAGCGUUUAGACACAUACAAAUCCAACAUGCCUACUAAAGAAAUUUCGCCUCCAAAAGAACAAUCACCCUUUGAAGAGGUGGUUAUAGAGUCAAAAGCAUAA